UUUGUUUAUAUCAAAAUAAUAAGUGUAAAAUAUUUUAUUAAAUUAUUUUAAUUAAGUUUAUAAAUUAUAUUUAUCAAGAUGAUGCGUUAUGAGCUUGAAAAUGAGCAGUUGAAGGAUAAAUCACGGUGUGCUCAUGUCAGAGCUAACUUAAAAAUGUGUUUAUUGGAAAGCGACUGCUGUAAAAUACAAAGAAAAACUCCUAAAGAAUGUCUCCAGAUGAAAGAUGGAAGUGUUCCUGAGGAAUGUCAGGCUUUGAGUUUGCUGUUAUAUGAUUGCAAACGUUCUAUUAUUGACGCUAGAAGAAGAUUUCGUGGUCCUAAGCAAUAAUUUUUU